AUGCUGAGAACCAAAUUUGCAUCAUUGCGAAGCUUAGCCGAGGAAGAGAUGAUGCCUGGUGUAGUCGUGGGGCUUCCGGCGGUUGCCUUGCUCCAGAUCGUCCAGGAGUCCCUGGAGUUCGGCUGCACGGAGGGCUUUCGACUGUCUGAGGGCCUCGCAGUCACGGAUCACAACCGACCUGCCGUGCGUGGUGCGGCUGAAGCUUACAGAUGGGCUCUCGAGGCCAAGAAGGCUCUGGCAGAGCUACGUCCGGAGAUGGCAGAAUCACUCUUUAUCGAGGCGAGGGUGCUCUGGGAGGACACGGAGGCGCCAGCAUCGUCCUCCUUUAAGGAGGGCAUCAAGGAAGCUUGGCAGGAGUUGAAUUGA